ACAAGGCAUAAUCCCUGAAGCUCGCUGCUCAAACGCUUUUAUAAAACAUAUAACUCUGAAUUAUAAUGUUUUAAAUGUUUCAUCCUUUUACUGCUGAAGUUCUAGUGGAUGCCAGUUCAAAGAUGAGUUUCGAGGCAAAGCGAUGUGGAGUGCAGUUCAGUCCUCCCUCCAUAGUUCUCCUCUAUGAAGACAAGGCAUCUAAACAUGUGAGAAAGAGAAUAAUACCUGUGAGGAACUUCUCCAAAUACUCUGACUACAGCAUGGCAGCUGAAAGGCUGAAGAACCACCCUCGGCACAGGGACUACCUGAAGGAUGUGACCCAGAGCCAGCUGGAGAAGCUCCACAUCAUCCUGCGGGACCACAUGGACGGCCUCAGCUUGGAGCACAGCCUGGCCUCGUUCCGCCUGGACCCCGACGAAGACCUGAACAAACUGGACGAUGACGAGCUGGCUCGCAAGAAGGGCCAAAUGGACGAGGUGUUCGAGAAGAACCGGAGGCGGAAAGAUGAUCCCGACUUCGUCUACGACCUGGAAAUGGAUUUUGGCAAGACCGCCCAGGAGAAGUGCAGCUGGGACGAAGAGUCUGAUGAUGGAUUUUAAAAACUAUGUUCUACAGUCACUGAGCUUUAAGACUGUUAAGUUCCAGGAGAUGACAGGGAAAUCUGACACAGCAUACACAUCUGAUGUUGGGUGGCUAUUCUUACACAGAAAAGUACACUCAAUAAUCUGCCAGUUUAUUCGGUGCAGGUAUCUAUAACUCGUGUUAAUCUAAUGCAACAACUGUGUGAUACAUUUAUUCUCCAUUUUUUGUUAAAACUUGACUCAAUGUUUUGAAAAUUUGCCAGCUAUUUAUUGCAACAAUAUUCUGCCCACCACAUUUACAACCAAUACGGGUAGAUUAGAUAUUAGAAACACCAAACAAUUCAACAUAUGUGCAGACUAAAGCAUCCCAAAAAGUUGAAAUAAAACAGUUUCAAUAAACGGUGAACAUUAAAACCUUCAUGAAGGUUAAAUUUGCUGCUUGACGGAUGUUAUAGAGUUAAUUCAUCUUAGUUAUUCAUACCUGAUAAAGUGGCAAGAGUUUUGGAUAUGAGUAGAAGUGGAUUGUUGUAAACAGCCACAACAGCUGUAGAGGCUGAACAGAAGAAUAGAAACCAAACUACAGAAAGACACUACAGCAUUCAGUUCCUGCUUGAUGUGGUUCCUACAUAACAGUGUGUGUACCAACAUCAGGUACCACCAGGGCGUUUCGCUCAUAAAAAAAAAAAGAAACCAGAAACUGCACGAAUGAAAGAAUGCAUGAAUAAUAGUGAAUAUUUAUUUGUUAUAAAAUACUGAAUUUUACAAAAUACAAAGACUUUGGCUCGUUUAUUUUGUGGCUUACACCUAACGUGUUAUUCACAGUUGAAUAUGAAAGAAGGUACUAAAAUCCUAUUAAAUACAAUUUGAGUGUACAUCAAUAAGUAAGCAAUACAACACACACACAUAUAUAUACAUAUACAUAUAUAUAUACAUACAUACAUACAUAUAUACAUACACAU